AUGCAGAAGCCCAGCGGCCUGAAGCCCCCCGGCCGCGGGGGGAAGCACUCGAGCCCCGUGGGCCGGACAUCCACUGGGUCGGCCGCGGUGCCGGCUGCCGCGGUGGCCACCGGCUCCAAGGAAGCGCACCCUGGAACUGACUGCUGCCUCUCUCUCCCGCCCCGCCUCUCCCCCUGUAAGCAGGCCGCCUCAGGCCGGCCCGCCCGCCGCGCCGCCCCCGCCCGCGCGCCCGAGAAAAAAGCGGGCCCCCCCAAAGCGGCAGGUGAUGACUUCCCUGGGGAACUUAACCAGCGAAGCAUCUUCGCAGCGACCCUCAAGCUGACCCGGCAGCGGCCGGAGGGCACCGGGGCAGCGGCGCCCCACUGGGUGGAAUCCCUGAGUCCUGCCUGCACCCACGCCUUCCUGCAGCUCACGGAGACCUCUUCGCGUUAUGCCCGCAAGAUAUCGGGCACAACUGCCUUGCAAGAGGCGCUGAAGGAGAAGCAGCAGCACAUCGAGCAGCUGCUGGCUGAGCGAGACCUGGAGCGGGCCGAGGUGGCCAAGGCCACGAGCCACAUCUGUGAAGUGGAGAAGGAGAUCGCCCUGCUCAAGGCCCAGCAUGAGCAGUAUGUUGCAGAAGCAGAGGAGAAGCUGCAGCGGGCCCGGCUGCUCGUGGAGAGUGUGCGGAAGGAGAAGGCAGACCUGUCCAACCAGCUGGAGGAGGAGAGAAGGAAGGUGGAGGAUCUGCAGUUCCGAGUGGAGGAGGAAUCCAUCACCAAGGGAGACCUGGAGCUGACCACGGUGGCCGAGAAGUCGCGCGUGCUGCAGCUGGAAGAGGAGCUGAGCCUUCGGCGCGGCGAGAUCAAGGAGCUCCAGCAAUGUCUGCUGCACUCGGGCCCGCCACCCGCCGACCACCCCGAGGCCGCCGAGACCCUGAGGCUGCGCGAGCGGCUGCUGUCGGCCAGCAAGGAGCACCAGAGGGAGAGCGGCGUGCUGCGGGACAAAUACGAGAAGGCCCUGCGGGCCUACCAGGCGGAGGUGGAGAAGCUGCGGGCGGCCAACGAGAGGUACGCACAGGAGGUGGUGGACCUCAAGGCCAAGGUGCAGCAGGCCACCAGCGAGAACAUGGGGCUCAUGGACAACUGGAAGUCCAAGCUGGACUCGCUGGCCUCGGACCACCAGAAGUCCCUGGAGGACCUCAAGGCCACCCUGAACUCGGGCCCGGGGGCCCAGCAGAAGGAGAUUGGGGAGCUGAAGGCCGUCAUGGAGGGCAUCAAGAUGGAGCACCAGCUGGAGCUGGGCAACCUGCGAGCCAAGCACGACAUUGAGACCGCCGUGCACGUCAAGGAGAAGGAGGGGCUGCGGCAGAAGCUGCAGGAGGCCCAGGAGGAGCUGGCGGGGCUGCGGCAGCACUGGCAGGCCCAGCUGGAGGUGCAGGCCAGCCAGCACCGGCUGGAGCUGCAGGAGGCCCAGGACCAGCGCCGCGACGCCGAGCUGCGGGUGCACGAGCUGGAGAAGCUGGACGCGGAGUACCGGGGCCAGGCGCAGGCCAUCGAGUUCCUCAAGGAGCAGAUCUCCCUGGCCGAGAAGAAGAUGCUGGACCACGAGCUGCUCCAGCGGUCGGAAGCCCAGAGCAAGCAGGAGGCCGAGAGGCUGCGGGAGAGGCUUCUGGUUGCCGAGAACAGACUGCAGGCCGUGGAGUCCUUGCGCUCAUCCCAGCACGGCAACAUGAUCGAGUCCAACGACAUUUCAGGGGAGAAGGUCAGGAUGAAGGAGACUGUGGAGGGCCUGCAGGACAAGCUGAACAAAAGGGACAAAGAGGUGGUAGCCUUGAUGUCCCAAACCGAGAUGCUCAGGGCCCAAGUAAGUGGUAAGUCUCCUUCCUGCAGGGCAGGUAAGAAGAAGGCGGAAACCCUCAGAAGGAGAAGCGUGAGCCUGGAGGCGUGAGCUAGGCCGUCCCAAAAUUGGCAUACUCGGUGGCUAGUCCUCAUCAGCCAGGAGCUGCUCAGGAGGCUGAAUUGAACUUAGGUGUUGCUGCUGGAGCCAGUGCAUCGCCAGGGCCGAGAGGGACCUGAGUAUGAAGGUGCACAAAGGCUGAGUGUGGCGGAUCAGGAGCAGAAACUCAAGGAUGAUCGAGACCUGCGAGAAAAGCUGACUGGGCUGGACAAAGAGAAGUGCCUGUCGGACCAGAGGCGCUACUCGCUCAUUGACCCGUCCUCGGCGCCUGAGCUCGUGCGGCUGCAGCACCAGCUGAUGAGCACAGAAGAUGCGCUGCGGGACGCGCUGGACCAGGCUCAGCAGGUGGAGAAGCUCGUGGAGGCCAUGAGGAGCCCCGACAAGUCCCAGGCCGUCCCCAAUUCCGGAUCUGCAAACGGCAUCCACCAGCAAGACAAGGCCCACAAACAAGAGGAGAAGCACUGACCCUGAGGGACACCGUGGAGCAGCCGAGUCCACAGCAGAGCCCCUCCGGCCUGCCCCGGCGGCGCCCCCUCCAGGCAGGGGCCAGGACUGUCACUUUGGAGAC